AUGGAUCGAAUUGCGUCUGCUACAUUCUCUUGCCCAGCGAUUUCAAUGUCUCGUCUCUUUAGAAUCAAACCAUUUGGCUUAAACCUGGAUGAUAUCAUGACCAAUCGCCAAAAGAAUUUCUCGUGUCGAGUAGCUGUAGCUUCUGGAGAUACAACCUUUGACUUAGAACACAAGAAACACGAUCUACUUAGAGCUGUGACUGUGGAAGGGUUUAAUGGCGGUGAAGACAUUGAUUUAGUGAAAUUAGAUGGAACAUGGAGGUUACAAUAUACAUCAGCACCUGAUGUGGGUCAGGUUUAUCAGAAGUUUGAGUGUAGAGAUAGAUCGGACGGUGGGAUUAUUCGGAAUGUUGUUCAAUGGAGUCUUCCAAGCUUGUUAGAGGAGCAAGAAGGUGCAACACUUGUUGUUACUGCAAAAUUCGAUAAGGUCACUAGUCGGAACAUCUACCUUCAGUUUGAAGAGAUAAGUGUUAGAAACAUUAUCAUUAAUGAGCAGCUUCAAGCUCUCAUUGCACCUGCAAUACUUCCUCGCUCAUUCUUAACCCUACAGAUUUUGCAGUUUAUCCGUAAUUUCAAAGCUCAGAUUCCAGUAACCGCAACCAGCCCGGGAAGGAGAUCUGUAGGUGGAUUGUAUUACCUGUCUUAUCUCGAUAAUAACAUGCUCUUGGGUCGAUCUGUUGGAGGAGGAGGAGUAUUUGUCUUUACAAAAUCUCAACCCCUCGAGCUGUGA